CCAUGUGGUCGUUCUGUUUCUCUGUGACUUGAUGCGGUGGCCAGUAACGCUCUCUCUCUUAUUCUAAGGUCUGACAAGGACGGAAAGUGAGUGAAUGCGUGUGGAUCGUUCCAUCCCAGCUUUUGAAAGCCAUCGAAGAGCAAAACAUCAACUUGAAAGAGAUUGACAAAGAAGUGCUGGGCACCCCAAACGAGAAAACGCCCCCGCCCCCAGAGACCAAGUGAUUUCAGUGCUCAACCCUUAGACUUUUUUGUUAGCUCCAUUCACUUUCGUAGUCAUGAGUGCCCCCACCACGCCCGGAGGGGGCGUGGGAAUCCUCCGUCGUCGCUCCCACGAGGAAUCGCCCAAUCGGAGUGCAUCGCCCAGAAGAUCCGGGGUUCAUUUUGAGCCGCCUCCCAACUUGGGCGAAAUCCUGGUCAAGUACAAUCAGGGCGGAAACAACGUGAUCGAACUCGAAGGAUUCAUCACGCACAUGCGGAAUCAACGAGGCACCGCCCUGAUCGCAUGGCUCCAGAGCCUGCAGGAGAACAUUGUCCACCUGAAACCCAAAUUGGAGCACUUUGUCUUGUCCACCCUGCAUAUUCCUUGGAUCGGUCAGGAGAAGGCGGUGGUAUCAGCAUUCAAGCACUUCCUAGCCAAUCUCGUCUCAGCCCACAGCUUCUACACCAAGCCCAUCACCCAAAUGCUUCUGAGGAACUUCAACUCCAAAGCCAAAAGCGACGAAGAGUUGGAUCAAGAGAAAUUAGUCUUUGUCAACACGCACGAGGCCUUGCGGGGAAUUUUGGCAGUGGCUCCUCUAGGGGCCAAACAGUCCAUUCUUCAUUACGUGAAGGUCACCAUGCCGUUCAUGCUCAUUCGGAUCCCGUCAGUCCACACCAAAUACAUCGAGAAUAUCAUCCACUUAACGGGAUACUUGGGCUCUGAAGAGGAAAGAGUCGCCAUUUUGCGCAUCGUUGUCGACCGUCUCGUCCAAUUAGACGCUUACCUCCCGAAAAUGAACGAAUACGAGGAAGAGGACGACAACGAGGAAAACGAGGAAGAGCUCUUUCCCCUUGAGAGACCCGCAGUAACCCAACUCUCAGACGCUGAAAUUGCCAGAGUGAACCUGGAUCAAGCCAUGGUGGUCAUGUUUCAAUACAUCACUCAACGCUAUGAAUCCGGCGACGCGCUCCCGCUUUAUUCAGAUCUUCUGCGCGUUUUUGAGCUCUACAUCCUGCCCACUUACGCCACGGGCCAUGUUCAGUUCCUUCUAUUCCAUUUCCUCACCUUGGAUGCCUCCCGUAAGUUUACCGUCUGUUUCCUGGAUUGGUUGUGGAGGAAGUUCCAGAGCCCGAACACGCCCCAAAUCAUUCGUCAGAGCACCAUCGCCUACAUGGCCAGUCUAAUGGCUAGAGGGAAGCACGUCGACAUCGACCAGGCGGCCUCUUACCUAGAGAAGAUUGUGGCGUGGAUUCACGCCUACAUCGGGGCUAGGGAUGGAGGCGCCCAAUCCGCCCAUGAUUACAAAUAUGUGGACCCCAAGGCCCACGGGCCGUUCUACGCCGCCUGCCAGUCCACUUUCUACUUGUUCGCCUUCAGGCAUCAGGAAUUCGUUCAAAGUGAGAAGUGGCUGGUCUUCCUGCGCGGAUUGAACUUUUCCACUAUUGUGACCGCCAAUUUGAACCCGUUGCGCGUGUGUUUGCCGCCUGUGGUGAAGAAUUUUGCCGCCAUUGCGCGCCACUAUCAGUUGGUCUACUGUGAUACCAUAAUCGAGCGAAAUAAUCGCAUCAAUUUGCCCAUUGUGGGUGGACUGAGCUCUUUGGGAACGGGCGAGGGCAAGCCCGUACUUUUGGAUUCGUUUUUCCCGUUUGAUCCGUACAUGUUGAAACUCUCCAAAGAGUUCGUCACUAGUAAUUACCGGGUGUAUCAAGGCGCCAUGAUUGAGAGUGACAUUGAAGAUAGCGAUGAAGAGGACGAGGGUGAGCCAGAGGAUAUGGAUGUCACGGAUAUUCUAGGCAGUCUCCCGAAAACCCCGUCAGCCCUGCAUGAUCAGAAUGUUUUAAACCAAUUCAUGUAUGGAUCUUCGCCUGGGUUCAAAGUCUAGACUGAUUCUGAAAGGGGUUUCCCAUUGCCAAAAGAUUAUUUUUCAUGCCCGUUACUCGUACCACCAAUAAAUAUGUUUCAUUCGAACCACAA